UUGCAGUUUUAUCGGCAUUUCGGUAAUAGACUAUUUCACUUCUGUGAUUGGUUUAAUGGAGGACCAGCAUGUUAACACCGCCAAGCAAUCCGCUGAGGUAUCCGGAAUAGCCCUACGAUUUUUGAGUGGCAAACACUUGGCUAAACUGAACGCUCUGCUAAGCAAGGCCACCACUGUUAUUGGGGGCUUGUAUACGUCUGAUCUCUCCCGUUUUAUUGUGUGCUUACAACUUGUUCACCUGAACUUUCCUCCCUUGGUGGAUCGCUUCCUCAAUGAGCUCUUCUACGUACUGCCCCGCUUGCAUGGAAAGCAGAAAGCUUUUGUUUUAGAAAUGCUGAACACUCGAAGUAGUAGUAUACCCACGCUUUACACCACCCUGAAGCCUUUUCUGAGCGAACUUUUGCAUAGUAGCGAGCCUCUUAUCGCGCGGUACACUGUUAUGAUUAUGAAAAGUUGUGUUGAAAAGGGCCUAUCAGAAAAGGAGCUUACCACCGCGGUGGCCCUGUUGUGUCCACUCGGUAUGAGUGUGCUUCCUUUCCUCAUUAGAUUUUGUGCGACUAGACUGCCUCCAGUUGAAAAGGAUCUAUUCGACAGCGCCGCCUUGAAAACCGUCAUAGAGAUCUUCGAAUACCUGCACGACGAAGAGCUCUUCUGCGGCGGAGCUGUUCGCACUGUCCUGCUGAAGGGCCUUUCGAAUGCACACGCUGCCAUUCGGGCGCAGUGCCUUGCUUUUUGGAGCAAUCGGAACCGACUUUCUUCCAAGUUAAAAAAACGUAUGGGCGAACUGCUCGAGACAAUGUACUGUAUAGAAACCGAGGACGAGUAUGUGAGUUACUGCUGCGCUUUGCUAUUAGACCUUUGCGAAGGCAGCCCCGACUACGAGAGGGCUCUCUUCGAUGCCCCGCUCUCAAAGUGCAACUUUGAAGUUCUCCACGUGGAUCCCUCGUGGCAAAAGAGGAACUAUAUGACUUCGCUUUAUGCCUCCACUCAGCUGUUCAGGUUUCCGGCAAGUAGCAGCACAGGACCUUCCUCCUCCGCUAGGCUUCCCUCUGGCAUGUUGCGGGCGACACCCCUCUCUACUAAUUUACUAGACCUUCCGGAGGGCCCAGUCGCCUCAACGCCCGGCGCCUUGGGCUUCUCGCUUCCCGACGACUCUGUGGGCAGUCCAUCUGUCCUUUACCGAAACGACUACAGAACGAAGUUUCUUCAGCAGCUGCAGAAUUCUAACCAACAGAAGCUUGCCGACCCUCUACACCACUUGAGAAUUGCGGAGUGCAGACAGCUGAAGCGUAGAUUCAACUACCCACGCAGCGGCAGUGAAGCAUCGAGCUUUCUUCAUACGCGAAUAGCUCAUAAGAAGCGAGAUCGGCGUAGACUUCAAGACGUUCACGAUAGGCUAGCCCAACAGCACAGCGUCUCACUCUUCAGGAAAUACCGUACUGGAGACCUCCCGGAUAUUCAGAUAAAAUAUCGCGACCUGAUCGCCCCACUCAAGCGACUAGUACAGAUGGAUAACUACAUUGCAAGGCGACUAUUGGCUUGUAUCGUCCACAAAAUGGUCGAGUAUUACGAGUCAACGCUACCCGCACGCGCCGCUGAGGAGGCCGUCGCACCCCUGGCCCAGAAGAUUCAGGCGCUGACUGGCCAGGCCUCUCUUUCCUCCCCGAUGUUUGUAGCAUUUCUAUUGGAUAUUUGCUACCACGUGGAACCAACCAGUAUAGCGCCAGGCACUCUCGGACACUGUGGGAGAGAAACCCUUAACCAACACUUGGCGAUCAUGCUUCUGGAAAAGCAGCUUUCCUCCGGGGGAUCCGAGCCCGCCCUCCCCUUCCCUAAAAGAAGCCGCGUGAACGAAGGCCGCCCUCCUUCUCUGCACAAAGAGUUGUGGUUUGAGCUGGCCAAGUUGUAUAAGUCCAUUCAAGAGUACGAUGUGAUUCGCGGCAUUCUCGCCUCUAAUUUUGUGACCUCCUCUCCCGUCUUCAAAGAGGCUAUUGAAGCAGAAGCGCAAGGGGACUACAGUCUGGCGUGCGACUGCUAUGACCAGCUCCAUAGCGGCUCUGUAUCAGAUAACUUUGAGUUGAACUUUGUCGAGAGUGGCCUCUUAAAGAGCCUCGAGAUGCUUGGAAAAUGGCCGAACGUGAAAACUCGCAUUGACGAACUCUGCGGCUACCAGCCAAACUUCUGGAAGAGGCUAUGGGAGCUCAACGACCUCGACUUUGUGUCCCAAUUUGUGAAAGCUCAUUUGAAGUGCACUGCUGGCCCCCCCUCUCAAACAGACGACCGUCUUCGUCUAUUUAUAGCUCACUCGCUGCAAGACCGCCAUUACAAGCCACUCAUGCGUGCACGCUUUGGAGUGGAACUGGCACUUUUUUUCGUUGUAGAAAACGAGCACGACCGCGCAAGGUACUUUUGUAGGGAAGGGUUGCACUCUUUUCUGGAGGACUGGAAGAACCUUCCCCACCUGAAGACCUCGAGUCGUCAACUGAGGCUUGCAAACCUGCAGCCAUUGGUUGAAAUAGAAGAGUUUCUGAUUUUUCUGUCCACACACACCUCUUCCAAGAACACCACUGCCCUCGCAAAGCUACUGUCGCGUUGGGCAGCCCGACUCCCUCACAAAACAUCGCACCAAACGGAUGUAUGGGACGACUUGAUUUCCUAUAGAUUCCUGUUAUUAAACAUUGCGCUCAAUGCCACUAACGUGACUGAAGAACAGGAAAGCUUGAUAGUCGAGAGCAAGGUGUCCAUGCUGCUAAAAGCCUCUGCAGCCUGCCGCCACCAGCAAAACUUCUCAUUGGGGAUGAGGUACCAAAGACAAGCACUUGCUUGCAUGCAGCAAAUGAGCAAAGAGAACCGGGAUUACGUUGCCACACUGCAUUCCCUCACAAAACUUUCUUGUGCAAAGGCAAAAUGCCAUCUUCGUCUUAAGAGUCACUACUCUUCGGAGUCUGCAGCCGCUUCUUUGCUAAAAGCGCUUGGCGAUUUAAAGAACUUUAGCAGCGACGACCAAGUGACAAACGAUCCGUUGAUAUUUCAGCGGCAUUGUCUGCUAAAAUGUCGCGUGCUGGGUUUGUUGGAACAACUUUUUCGGAACCCUUCCUUUAAUAUUGGAAAGCUCGACCCCAAACUUCUUAAUUUCGUCAGUGGAGCAAAGGCCGCCCCGCACCUGCACCAGGCGUGCUUGGAGGAAUAUUACUCCUCAUUACAGCAUGCCUUGAAAAGCCCAAAGGGGGGUUGCGGCCAAUAUGCAGCAAAGCUUCAUCUUACGAUGGCAAAAUUCUGCGAUAAAGCUCUUUCACACUCUUACUCGGUGCCCGUACCUGCCAACGGACCUCGAGCCCUAUCAAAAUUGAUGAUCUCUUCAGUUUUCCAAGCCAUGCAUUUGGGCUCGAACUCCGCUGCGAGUCGCGUGCCUCGCCUUUUGCAUCUGCUCGCUAAGGAUUCUCAAUUGACCUACAGUUUCCGUAAGGAAUGCGAGGCGGCUCCCUGUUGGAUGUUUAUACCGUGGAUUUCACAACUGGUUGCCAUAUUAAGCAAGACGGAGGCUGCAGCCGUCAUUGGGCCACUAAAAAAAAUAGGGAAGUUUUACCCCCAAGCCCUGUUUUAUCCGCUCCGACUCUGUUCGAAGCACGACUAUGAAACAGUCGCCUGGAAAUACGUUGAGGAGCUCCAGGCACUCUCCCACCACCCGUACUUGGACCGUAUGAUUAAAGAGUUGCGCACACUAGUGGAUCCUGAACACCUGUUCAAGGAUUGGUAUAUUAACGACUUGAAACCGUUGUUUGCAGCACCCCGCACUUUGAGAAAUGAAAAUAGAAUAAUGAAGGAAUUCUCGAAGAUGAAAGUCGAUUUACUGUCUAUGGAAGACUGCCCAUCUGAUGUCCGAAAGCGCUUUGCACUCGAGUACGGCCCCCAAAUUGAAAAACUUGCUGGGGUUGACGGCGCCCGGCUUUUAGCGCAUGCAAGCAACGACCCAUUUGGAGCAGUCCUCGAAGCCAUGCAGCAACGUUCUGACUUCGUGGCUAGGCCGGAGACUUUGAAAGAAUACUCUCUCUGGUUGGCUAGUUACCACUCAUCCAAUUUUAAAGAUCACCCCAUUGAAGUUCCAGGCCAGUACACUGGACGUUGUAAGCCUAUUGUCGAGUCCCACACGAAAAUUUGUGCCUUCGACGACCGUAUCAAAGUCCUGAUGUCCAUGAGAAAACCAAAGCGCCUACUUAUAAGGGGAGACGACGAGCGGGAAUAUAUGUUUCUGGUCAAAGGAGGAGAAGAUCUCCGCCUUGACCAGCGCCUGCAGCAGCUCUUUACCCUCAUGAACGAAGCUCUAUACAAGGACACGGUUGCAAGACAGCGAAGCCUCUACCUGCAAACUUACCAGGUGAUUCCGGUGUCGCUGAGGCUUGGAUUGAUCGAGUGGAUUAAGGAAACAAUUACCCUCAAGGAACUGCUGGAAACUGCUUUGACUUCCGAAGAGAAAAGCCGGCUGAAGUCACCAGAAAACAAUCCAAUUCGAGCACACAUCAACUGGAUUAACCGAUUUAAAACAAAGAAGGCUGAUGAGAAUCCUUACACCCGAAUGUACAUGCUGGCCUCUAAUUCGGAAACGACGGCGGCCUUCCGGCACCGGCGGGAUAUGGUCCCGCGUGACUUGCUCCGCAGAGCCAUCCUUAAGAGGAUAAACGACCGGGAAGCCUUCGUGGCUAUAAGAAGCGACUUUAUUCGGAGCCAUGCUACUCUUUCUAUUUGCCACUAUGUUCUCGGGAUAGGCGACCGGCACUUGUCCAACUUUAUGUUUAACCUGAGUACUGGAAGAAUUAUAGGCAUUGACUUCGGCCACGCCUUUGGCUCAGCCACACAAUUUUUGCCUGUACCGGAGUUGAUCCCUUUCCGGUUGACCCCUCAAAUAGUGGGUUUCCUUUAUCCGCUCACGACCGAAGGCCUUUUAAGGAACUCGAUGAUCAUUACAAUGAACGCUUUACGCCGGCGCAGUGCAGUGCUUUUGAGGACUUUGGAUGUCUUCGUUAACGAGCCUCUGUUCGAGUGGCGCAGUCUGUCGCGUGGACAGGCGGGGUCCCAAGCAGAGCUGGAGCUGCAUGCCGGAGUUGACCAUAUAAAAGGGGAGUGGUAUCCACGAGAAAAGUUGUCCAUAGCCGAACAAAAGCUGGAGUCCCAUAAUUCUUCUUAUAUUAUGGCCCUCGAGAUUAAAGCUGGCCACGGCCAUAAAAAAGAGUGCGAAGCUCUGUUAAGAAUAGUUCAAGGAGAUCCAAACAUUAACGUUCGUGCUAAGGUGGGGGCGAUUUGCAAGAACGUGGAAGAGCAAGUCGACUGUUUGAUUGAUCACGCAACGGAUCCUAAUAUUUUAGGAAGGCUUUGGGUGGGCUGGGAGAGCUAUAUGUAAC